UUCCAAUAUAUUAUACAGUAGUUGUUUGGGUUUGAAAAAUGCUAUCAGUGGUGUUUGGAAGGACUUCUUCAGUGUAUCAUCCAGAUGAAACAAUCACUGGAGAUGUAGUGCUUAAUAUACCGACACAGUGCACAAUUCUUGAUCUCACAGUAAAUUUUUGUGGUGUUUCUUCACUUAGCCUCAUUAUUGCUGAGGGAGAAGAUAAUAAAUGUGAGAAAUUGGAGGUGGAAGAAUCAGACAUGCAUUUGGACGUGUUUAAUCACUUACUGGAUGUUAGAAGUUAUAGAGGAGUAGAACUGGAGCCAGGAGUGUACACCUACCCUUUCAGUCUCCGUUUGCCUUCUCACCUACCCUCUUCUCACGUCAGCACCUAUGGCAACAUCACUUACUACUUACAUGUCCAUCUUCACUCAACCACAUCCACGCAGCACUUCCGCAAACCAUUCUACCUUGUCGCCCCAGUCAACAUCAACAUCUUCGAGGCCUUUCAGAGUCUUCAGAGUUCAGAGGUCACCAAGAAGUAUGGUUUGUUCAACAGACCAGUGAAGUUGAAAGCUUCCGUACCUCGCUCCUGUUACGUCCCUGGAGAUGUGGUUUCAGUUGUCGUUGAGGUCAGCAAUGGGACCAGCAAAACAUUGGAGUAUCUGUUUUGUACUUUGAAGCAGGUCACUACAGUGUUUGCACAUCUGGACGACAAGACAGUGAGCCGAGUUACCAAGCAGUGUUUGAAGACUGAAGCCCACAAGACAACACGCAGUAACAGACAUCACAGCUGGGUUUGUCAAAUGUCUACUUCUCCCUCACUUACUCCCACUAUAGCCAACUCAUCUCUUGUACUGGUCACAUACUGCAUACAGGUUUCCGGGAAGCUGACUGGUGUUCCUGUCCCACCUGGAGUGGAGAUUCCGAUAGUUUUUGGAACGAGAACUCCAGUGCAGCCAACAGAUCCGAUUCCACAUUCUCUCACAGCCAAUCGCAGAGUGAGUCAGCAGAAUCUAGAGUCUAAUGUCCCCCUGCGCAGACGACGCUACACUAUUCAGCCUCCGCUCAAGCCGCAAGCACCACCAAGGCGCAUCAGCCAUCAGGUAUACAGCACAGCUGCGACUCAUCGUAUCAGCAUCUCCUUGCAGCCGUUUGAAGAAGGGAAACCAGAACUUUACCAAUCUGAGGUCUGAAUUGCUUAAGAACAACAUUUCCCAUUCUUAAAUAGUAUCAUAGACUAACCAACACAAGUAGACUUCUCAACCCAUUGUUAAACUUGAAGCUUGUUUCUCGUGUCUAGUUCAUGUUCGUGACACUGAUCGCUAGUGUCGAUAAAAUUUUGUUUCUUUUAGGGUUGAUUUCAUUAUUUGUGCUUUACUAAACUGUUUGGUUACAUAAUUAGGGGACGAGUAAUUGUUUAUGACUAGAUUGUUUUAUUUGGU